GCAAAUUUUCCAACUGCAGCCACCCCUGAUUCCUUGACUAGUGUUUUUUUGGUCUAUAAUUAAUUAAUUAUUUAUAAUUUUAAAAAAGGAGAAAAAUACAUUCAUAAAGUCAACAGGCUCUCCCCCAGCGUCCUCUCAGUUGAUUGCUAGAAGAUUUUGGAAUUGAAGUUGCCGGAGAGAAUGGCAUCUCGACGGCGUACGCUUCUCAAGGUCAUAAUCCUCGGUGACAGCGGGGUGGGGAAGACUUCUCUGAUGAACCAGUAUGUGAAUGGUAAGUUUAGCAAUCAAUAUAAAGCCACCAUUGGAGCUGAUUUCUUGACAAAAGAGGUUCAGUUUGAAGAUAGAUUGUACACGUUGCAGAUAUGGGAUACAGCUGGGCAGGAAAGGUUUCAAAGCCUUGGAGUGGCUUUUUACAGAGGAGCUGAUUGCUGUGUUCUAGUUUAUGAUGUCAAUGUCUCGAAAUCUUUCGAGAAUCUUAACAACUGGCGGGAAGAGUUUCUAAUUCAGGCCAGUCCCUUGGGUCGAGAAACCUUCCCAUUUGUCGUUUUGGGUAAUAAGAUGGAUGUUGAUGGUGGCAAUAGCCGGGUGGUAUCCGAGAAAAAGGCCAAGGCAUGGUGUGUCUCUAAUGGCAAUAUACCUUACUUUGAGACAUCUGCAAAGGAAGGAUUUAACGUGGAAGCGGCUUUCCAAUGUAUAGCCAAAGAUUCCCUCAAGAACGAACCCGAAGAAGAAAUAUAUAUCCCGGACACCAUAGAUGUCGCGAGGGGACAUCAACAAAGAUCAACGGCAGGAUGCGAGUGUUGAAAUAUGGUCUUAAUUGUUGCAACCAACAAAUGGCUUUUCUGUGCAUCAUUGUAUUUGUUUCUGCAUUAAUUCUGAACCUUACUGUAACACAUGAGGGUGAUGAUAGCUUGUUUUCUUUUUCUGUCUUCUUUUCACACCGUAAAAUUAUUAGCUUAAGUGGAUCCUGUCCAAACAAUGAUGGCUCUAUAUACGAUUGUUCAUUUUGCGAUGUG